AUGGAAGAGUUCGAAUCGAAAUCCAAUCUCUUGGAAUCGUUCAUGAAAUCGACAUCAUCGACCUCGUCUUCAUUGAAUCCAACGCAAGCAGAGGAAAAAGAAAAAGAAAAGCCGACUUCGCUUCUGGACACCGUCGAUCAAAUGGAGGACGACGCCUUCUUCGAAGAGACCAACUACGCCUUGCCUUCCAACGUCCGAAUGGAAGAAGAAGGGCUCAAAGUCGAUACCACCGAUGAGAUCUACGGAGGGAGAUACGUGCAGCGCGAUCAGACCAUCGAAACCGUGGAAUCUUUCGAAGAUGGCAUCGAAGUGAUCACCCUAGGAAACGCCCUCAAGAAAUAUGAUUGGUUCCGCGAGAAGUACUUCUGGAAGGCUCUCUCCCGCGACAAAAACGACAUGACCCGCGCGGUUGCUCAAAACGACGAAACAAAUCCGACGGGGUACGUGAUCAUCGCGCAUCCCGGCGCCCGCUCGGUGAAUCCGGUGAACGGCCAGCUGAUCAUGGAGAGCAGCCACAUGCAGUACGUCCACAACAUUCUCAUCGCGAUGCCGGGCUCCCAGCUCACCGUCGCCUCGUUCUGCUCGUAUCACUGUCCCUCGCAGCAAGCUUCUGAUUCUAUCGUUCUACGUGGAGUCCAACGCGCAAUUGUGUUUCUCGAUGGUACGGUUCGAUCGAAUUCUCUCAUCUCGAUCCAUUCCUGGUGCCACGCCUUCGCGGUCUGGCCGGUUUCCGCGGCGAUCGUCGACGACAACGGCGUGUUCUACAGCAACUACGUCUGUCUGGAGCCGGUGCAGCGCGUGAAGAUGUGUCCGGUGGCGAAUCUCCGCGGGAAAAACGCGGUGGCGAACUUCUCGAGCGUGCUGCUGGCGAAGGAAGGGACGGAUCUGGACAUUGGGUCGUGCGCGCUGCUGAACGGCGAGGGCUCGCGAAGCGAGAGCAUUACGCGCACGAUUUCGAAGGGCGGAACGGUGUUCGCGCGCGCGGAUAUCCACGGGAAUGCGCCGAACACGAAGGGACACAUCGAGUGCCAGGGCCUGGUGAUCACGGAGGGAAAGGGGAUGAUCUACUCGAUCCCGCAGAUUAGCGGCGGGUUUGGAACCGAGCUGUCGCAUGAAGCGGCGAUCGGGAAGAUCGCGAAGGACAAGAUCGAGUACUUGAUGACGCGGAGGAUGACCGAGGAAACCGCGGUGUCCGUGAUUAUUCGCGGGUUUUUGAAUGUGAAAGUGAAGGGAAUUCCGAGGUCGGUGCAGGAGCAGAUGGAUGCGGUGAUUGAGCAGGCCAGCAAAGAAGGAUUUUAGGCGGGAGGGAAGUGCAGGAUUGAAAUAAUCAAGAAGAGAUAGCUUGCUAUC